CAUAGGUAGUGAGGCUUGUCUGCACAGCCGGUGGCAAGAACAAGAACCACAGAAACUUAGGCGACAUUAGGAACUACUGCGAAGAUGGUGUUUAAAGCCGUUUGUGUUUUAAAAGGAGCUGGAGAGACCACCGGGACCGUUUAUUUUGAGCAGGAGGGCGAUUCAGACCCUGUGAAGGUGACAGGAGAAAUCAGAGGCCUUACCCCUGGUGAGCAUGGUUUCCAUGUCCAUGCUUUUGGAGACAAUACAAAUGGGUGCAUCAGUGCAGGGCCUCAUUUCAAUCCCCACAACAAGAAUCAUGCUGGUCCUAAUGAUGCAGAGAGGCAUGUUGGAGACUUGGGGAAUGUGACUGCAGGAGCAGAUAAUGUCGCAAAGAUAGACAUCACGGACAAGGUGCUCAGCCUCACUGGCCCGUACUCGAUCAUUGGCAGAACCAUGGUGAUCCACGAGAAGGCUGAUGACCUGGGAAAAGGAGGCAAUGAAGAGAGUCUAAAGACUGGCAAUGCUGGUGGACGUCUGGCCUGCGGAGUCAUUGGCAUCACCCAGUAAACAAUCUGCCAGAACAUGGAGCACUAGAAACAACCCCACAGCACUUAAGACCAACCUAGCUACUUGAUGUGACAGUUUGUCCUUUUUCAAUACUCUGGCGUGACUAGUUAAGAGUAGAUGAGCCAUGCUUUGCCCUAUCCGUUCUCAUUACAGUUUUAUGUAUGGGUUUAUAUGUCUGCUGAUAAAUUUUGGUCCCAAAGAAUUGUUGACGCACAAGCAAGAUGCAGUUUGUUAAUCAAUAAAUUGUCUGUGUGUGUGUGUG